CGCAGGGAGUAUAAGUGAAGAUUUGAUAGAGAGGGGGGCAAAGUGAAAGUUGAAAAGUACCUACCGAAGAAGCCCUGCAUGUAUGUAUGUAUGUAUAAAAGUGAAAUAAUCCCCAAUUUCAUUCAUCAAACACAAAAAAACCUAAAACAACAAAUCGGAUCGGAGUUUCUUUCGAUGGAAGACGACGAAGAUGAUACAUAUAUAGGAGGUACAAUCAAAGCAGCUCAAGUGGAAGGGGGGAAGCUGGAAGAAGAAGAUGUUGUUCAGAAUCAAAGCAGCUCUUCUUCUUCUUCUGUGAAAGGGAAGCGCCCUCUUGUUGAGAAUCCAACUUCUGCCUCAGCACCUGCUGCUUCUGGUACCAAAUCUCAAGUGGAAGAAGGAGCCAAGCGCCCAUGUGUGGAGGAGGAGAAGACAACGAAGCCCAAUCAUACUGUGAAGGAUGAGACGGAGGAGGAGGAGGAAGAACAGAUAGAUUAUGGGGAAGAUUGGAUGAAAGAUGGAGGCUAUUACCUCGGCUAUGACUUUGAGAAAGGUCGAACAGUUAUCGUGGGAGAACGUCCUAGGCCCGUUUGUAGGAGCUUCGGGCCUCCUCCUCCAAACGCGUUCACCUUUAAAAGGAUCGCCCGUAGAUUGGCUGAAACUGGACGUCCAUUUCUUCGCCCUGACGAUCCUCUUGGUAAGAGUCCAUGGAAUCCGUUCCCGUUCCAUGUACCAAGAGAGGGUAUUCAUUUUACUGUUCCCGACCCUGAAGCUUGAUCAAGUUCCCUCUCGGUUGGAAAUGGAUCUAGGAAACAAGCAGCAGCUGAUGCUAACACUUCGAUAUCCACUUGUUUAGGUUUGUAAGACAUGUUCAGAUACAUUAAUCUAUGGUUGUAGUAGGUAACUUAACUAGAUUGAUGAAGUUUUUGGAAAACAAAAGUGAUUUGGGAGCUAGUACAAGAAGAAGAAGAUAUCCGAUACUAAUCCAUGUCGUAUUGUACAAAAGGCAACACAUGAUUUGUACAUAGCAUACGUUAUUAAACUAUCGAUGUUACAUCUUACAUUUUCAUGUUAAAAUCUGAAAGAGCCAUGGAAUUAAAACCU